AUGGCCAUUCAAGGGCUACGAGAGCUCUCUUUGCACAGCCUACGCACCUUCAAGCAUAACUAUGUCUCUGAAAUAUCUGGAUCACUGGGCGACCUGGGCACAUUUCUGCCCAUCGCAAUCGCACUAUCCGCGAAUGGCACCGUGUCACUGGCCAGCACGCUAAUAUUUUCGGGUAUAUUCAAUAUCCUCACGGGCUUAUUUUUCGGUAUCCCGCUCCCCGUGCAACCCAUGAAGGCGAUCGCCGCGGUCGCGAUCUCCCGCAGCUUCCCCAGUGGCUCGAUCGCUGCAGCAGGGAUCUUCGUUGGUGUCUGCGUUCUUGUUUUUAGCGUGACCGGUCUUCUACAUUGGUUCGCCAAUGUGAUUCCUAUCCCAGUGAUCAAGGGUAUUCAGGUUGGCGCGGGCUUGUCGCUGGUUAUCUCUGCUUGCAAUAGCAUCCUCCGCCCGCUUAGUUGGAUAGGGCCAUCCUGGGCGGAUAAUCGUAUCUGGGCGACUGUGGUAUUCCUCGCCUUUAUCGUCACCAAUGUCUACCGCAAAGCCCCCUAUAUACUGGUCCUGUUUUCCAUCGGUUUGGUAUUUGCGAUUAUUCGAACGGCGGUGGCUGGUGAUCUCCCUGCUUUCAGCAUAUGGCACCCUUGGCUGGUGGUUCCGACGCCCUCUCAAUGGUGGGUUGGCACCGUGGAUGCCGGUAUUGGCCAAAUUCCUUUGACCACGCUCAACUCGGUCGUGGCAGUGGUCCACUUGGCGAAUGAUCUGCUGCCUAAUAUCCAGACGCCGUCGAUUACCCACAUCGGCCUCAGUGUGGCCGGCAUGAACCUUGUUGGAUGCUGGUUCGGGGCAAUGCCCGUCUGCCAUGGAUCGGGUGGUUUGGCAGCGCAGUACCGCUUCGGUGCUCGCUCGGGCGCAAGUGUGGUAUUUCUAGGGGUCCUCAAACUAAUAAUUGGUUGUUUGUUUGGUGAGACUUUGGUGGACCUGCUCAAGAGCUUCCCAGCUGCCUUCCUAGGUGUCAUGGUCAUUGCAGCUGGACUGGAGCUUGUGGGCGUAGGCGAGAGUCUUAAUACUCCUAGGGCUCGGGACCUACCUCAAACUGGCUGCAUUUUGGAUGACGCAGACCAGCACCUCGGCCCGAUUUGCACUGAUGAGGAGAGCAGGCGCCGGUGGACAGUCAUGAUGGUGACUGUUGGGAUGUUGGUCGGAUUUAAGAACGAUGCGAUUGGUUUCGCCGCCGGAAUGGUGUGCCAUUGGGUUUAUGAGAUUCCCAAUUUGCGGGAGAAAUAUCUUAGCCAUUGGUCGCAGGGAUAUCUUCGUCUGCGAUAG